AUGGCUUCCCCUCCGGCGGAAGCCGAUUCCCAUUCCCGGCUGAGUCUGGUGCUGAUCCCCGCCCUCGAGAAGAUCAUCAAGAACGCCUCAUGGCGCAAGGGCCACUCCAAGCUCGCCCAUCAGUGCAAAUCCCUCAUCGACCGCCUUUCCGAUCCCUCCUCCGCCUUCUCCUCCCUCGACCCCCCCUCCCCCGACUCCUCCUCCUCCCUCCCUGGCCCCCUCCAUGACGGCUCUGGCUCCGACCUCUCCCUCGCCGACUCCGAGUCCAUCCUCCUCCCCCUCAUCUCCGCCUCCUCCUCCGGCUCCCUCAAGAUAGCUGAACCCGCCCUCGACUGCAUCCAGAAGCUCAUCUCCCACUCCUACCUCCACGGCGAGGCCGACCCCUCCGCCGGCCCCGACGCCCGCCUCCUCGCCAGCCUUAUCGAGUCCAUCUGCCGCUGCCACUCCCUCGCCGACGACGCCGCCGAACUCCUCGUCCUCAAGACCCUCCUCUCCGCCGUCACCUCCACCGCCCUCCGCAUUCACGGCGACUCCCUCCUCCAGAUCGUCCGCACCUGCUACGAUCUCUACCUCGGCUCCAAGAACCCCGUCAACCAGACCACCGCCAAGGCCUCCCUCAUCCAGAUGCUCGUCAUCGUCUUCCGCCGCAUGGAGGCCGAUUCCUCCACCGUGCCCGUCCAGCCCAUCGUCGUCGCCGAGCUCAUGGAGCCCACCGACCGCUCCUCCUCCUCCGCCGCCGCUGCCGCCACCGUCGACGUCAGCUUCGUCCAGAGCUUCAUCACGAAGAUCAUCAGUGACAUCGAUGUUGUGCUUAACCCGUCGACCCCGCUUGCCCGGACGGGGUCUGCCGGCAGGCAUGACGGGGCCUUCGAGACGACGGCAGUGGAGCAUACCAACCCGGCUGACCUGCUGGAUUCGACCGACAAGGACAUGCUGGACGCCAAGUACUGGGAGAUCAGCAUGUACAAGACGGCACUGGAGGGCCGGAAGGACGAGCUCGGGGCGGAGGGGGUCGUGGAUAGGGAGGACGACAUGGAGGUCCAGAUCGGGAACAAGCUAAGGCGGGAUGCGUUCCUGGUGUUCCGGGCUCUCUGCAAGCUCUCGAUGAAGACUCCACCCAAGGAUGCGGCCGCUGAUCUGGCGCUUAUGAAGGGAAAGAUUGUGGCAUUGGAGCUGCUCAAGAUCUUGCUGGAGAAUGCUGGAGCUGUGUUCAGGACGAGUGACAGGUUUUUAGGUGCUAUUAAGCAGUAUCUAUGCCUAUCACUUUUGAAGAACAGUGCUUCAACUCAUAUGAUUGUUUUUCAGCUUUCAUGUUCCAUUUUUAUGAGCUUGGUAUCAAGAUUUAGACCGGGAUUAAAAGCAGAAAUUGGUGUCUUCUUUCCAAUGAUUGUUCUCAGAGUAUUAGAAAAUGUUGCUCAACCAAAUUUCCAGCAGAAGAUGAUCGUGCUUCGAUUUUUGGAGAAGCUGUGUGUAGAUUCCCAAAUCUUGGUAGACAUUUUCAUUAAUUAUGACUGUGAUGUGCAUUCAUCAAAUAUUUUUGAGAGAAUGGUAAAUGGCCUCUUAAAGACUGCCCAAGGGCCUCCCCCUGGUGUUCCCACAACGCUAGUGCCACCUCAGGAUGCUACUAUGAAAAUUGAAGCCAUGAAAUGCUUAGUUGCUAUUCUGAAGUCGAUGGGAGAUUGGAUGAACAAACAGUUGAGAAUUCCAGACCCUCAUUCUCCUAAAACAGAAACAGCAGAGCAGAGUACUGAAGGUGGAAAUGAAUUUCCUGAGGCAAAUGGCGGAGGAGAGGAGUCUGUUGAAGGAACUGAUUCACAGUCAGAAACUGCAAAUGGAGUCUCAGAAGUUGCAUCUCUGGAACAGCGUAGGGCAUAUAAGUUAGAACUUCAGGAAGGCAUUUCUCUUUUUAAUCGGAAACCUAAGAAAGGACUUGAAUUUCUUAUCAAUGCAAAGAAGGUUGGUGACACACCAGAGGAAAUAGCUGCUUUUCUUAAAAGUACAUCUGGCUUGAACAAGACAAUGAUUGGUGAUUAUCUUGGAGAGAGGGAAGAGUUGCCCCUAAAAGUCAUGCAUGCAUUUGUGGAUUCAUUUGAUUUUCAAGGGAUGGAGUUUGAUGAGGCCAUCAGAUCCUUCCUACAAGGAUUUAGGUUGCCUGGUGAGGCACAAAAAAUUGAUCGCAUCCUGGAAAAAUUUGCUGAGCGUUACUGCAAAUGCAAUCCAAAGGCCUUUACCAGUGCAGAUACAGCUUAUGUCCUUGCUUACUCUGUAAUAAUGCUCAACACAGAUUCUCAUAACCCAAUGGUUAAGAACAAGAUGUCUCAAGAUGACUUCAUAAGAAACAAUCGUGGUAUUGAUGAUGGGAAGGAUCUGCCAGAAGAAUAUAUGAGAUCAUUAUAUGAAAGAAUUUCUAAGAAUGAAAUUAAGAUGAAGGAAGAUGAUUUGGCUCCACAGCAAGCACAAUCUAUGAAUACAAACAAGAUCCUAGGCUUGGACAGCAUUUUGAAUAUAGUUAUACGCAAGCGAGAUUCACCCAUGGAGACUAGUGAUGAUCUUAUCAGGCACAUGCAAGAGCAAUUUAAGGAAAAAGCUCGCAAAUCUGAGUCAGUAUAUUAUGCUGCAACAGAUGUGGUAAUUUUGAAAUUCAUGAUUGAAGUGUGCUGGGCUCCCAUGCUAGCUGCCUUCAGUGUUCCACUUGACCAGAGUGAUGAUGAAGCCAUAAUAUCCCAAUGCCUUGAAGGAUUUCGUUGUGCAAUACAUGUUACAGCAGCUAUGUCUAUGAAAACUCAAAGAGAUGCUUUUGUUACUUCACUUGCAAAAUUCACAUCCCUCCACUCAGCAGCGGAUAUCAAGCAGAAAAAUAUUGAUGCAAUAAAGGCAAUUCUGUUGAUUGCAGAUGAAGAUGGAAAUUAUUUACAAGAAGCCUGGGAACAUAUUUUGACAUGUGUUUCUCGUUUUGAGCAUUUGCAUCUUUUGGGAGAAGGGGCUCCACCAGAUGCUACAUUUUUUGCAAUACAACAGAAUGAACUCGAUAAAUCUAGACAAACUAAGUCAUCUAUACUUCCUGUACUGAAGAAAAAGGGACCUGGGCAUAUUUCAAACACAGCUGCUACUGCCAGAAGAGGUUCCUAUGACAGUGCUGGUGUUGGUGGUCAUGCUUCUGGAGUGGUUACCUCUGAGCAAAUGAAUAACUUGAUCUCUAACUUAAACAUGUUGGAACAAGUUGGGAUGGCUGAAAUGAACCGUAUAUUCACACGAAGUCAGAAGUUGAACAGCGAGGCAAUAAUUGACUUUGUGAAAGCUCUUUGUAAGGUUUCAAUGGAAGAAUUGCGCUCUACAUCCAAUCCACGAGUUUUUAGUCUGACAAAAAUAGUUGAGAUUGCGCACUAUAACAUGAACCGUAUCAGGCUCGUGUGGUCAAGCAUUUGGCAUGUGUUGUCGGACUUUUUUGUUAGCAUUGGAUGCUCUGAAAACCUUUCAAUUGCAAUCUUUGCAAUGGAUUCCUUGCGGCAGCUGGCAAUGAAGUUCCUGGAGCGAGAAGAAUUGGCCAACUACAAUUUCCAGAAUGAAUUUAUGAAACCAUUUGUUAUUGUUAUGCGGAAGAGCAGAGCUGUUGAGAUUAGAGAGUUGAUCAUUAGAUGUGUUUCUCAAAUGGUUUUGGCUCGUGUUGGCAAUGUCAAGUCAGGAUGGAAAAGCAUGUUUAUGGUAUUUGCAACUGCAUCAUAUGAUGAUCACAAAAAUAUAGUACUUCUAGCCUUUGAGAUUAUUGAGAAGAUUUUACGGGAUUACUUUCCUUACAUAACCGAAACUGAAACUACCACUUUUACAGACUGUGUUAAUUGUCUGAUUGCAUUCACGAAUAGCAGAUUUAACAAAGACAUUAGCCUCAAUGCAAUUGCUUUUCUUCGAUUCUGUGCCUCAAAGCUUGCAGAAGGAGAGAUUGGCCUGUCUGCAAGGGUUAAGGACAAGGAAGCUUCUGGAAGUAAUGGACCACUUUCACCUCUCAUGGUAAAGGAUGGAAAACAUGACAAUCAGAUGUUUAUUGAUAAAGAUGAUCAUCUACAUUUUUGGUUUCCAUUGUUAGCAGGUUUGUCAGAACUUACGUUUGACCUUAGACCUGAAAUCAGAAAAAGUGCAUUGCAGGUGCUAUUUGAUACAUUACGCAACUAUGGUCACCUUUUCUCAUUGCCUUUAUGGGAAAAAGUGUUUGACUCGGUCCUUUUCCCAAUUUUUGACUAUGUAAGACAUGCUAUAGAUCCUUCUGGGGGGACUUUGGAAGGACAGGGAUCUGAAAGUGAUGCAAAUGAGCUAGAUCAAGAUGCUUGGCUUUAUGAAACAUGCACGCUGGCCCUCCAGCUAGUUGUGGAUCUCUUUGUAAAGUUUUAUGAUACGGUGAAUCCGCUACUAAAGAAAGUGCUGGCGUUGCUGACAAGUUUUAUCAAGCGCCCUCACCAAAGUCUUGCUGGCAUUGGCAUCGCUGCAUUUGUUCGCUUGAUGAGCAAUGCAGGUUCUCUCUUUGUUGAGGAAAAGUGGCUAGAAGUGGUUUUAUCUUUGAAAGAAGCGGCCACUGCAACACUACCUGAUUUCACGCAUAUAUCAUCUGGAGUUUACCUUGAGAGGGGAUCAAGGGAAAAUGGAAAUUCUUCUUUCAUGCAGGAUAAUGAUGCAUCUAGAGAAUCAACAGAUGAUGAUUGGGAAGGCCUAAGAGCAAGAAAUCUGCAUUUUGCAAUCAAUGAUGCCAAGUGUCGUGCUGCUGUCCAACUUCUCUUAAUUCAGGCCGUGAUGGAGAUAUAUAGCAUGUUCAGGGCUCGACUGUCAGAGAAGAACACUGUUGUACUUUUUGAGGCUUUGCAUGCUGUGGCAUCUCAUGCUCACAAGAUAAACAGUGAUAAUGACCUCAGGUCCAAGCUUCAGGAGUUGGGUUCUAUGACCCAAAUGCAGGACCCUCCGUUGCUACGUCUUGAGAAUGAGUCCUACCAGAUAUGCCUUACUCUGCUACAAAAUAUUGCACUCGACAGACCUGUUGACGGGGAAGUAGAAGUGGAGGCACACCUUGUUGACCUGUGCAGAGAGGUCCUGCAGGUGUAUCUUGACACUUCAAAAUCCGGGCAGCUUGUCGAGGUUUCAACUGGUUCCCACCCAAGAGCUCAUUGGCUUGUCCCAGUUGGUUCUGCAAAACGAAGAGAACUUGCAGCUCGGGCACCCCUUGUUGUGGCUACCCUGCAUGCUAUAUGUGCACUAGGGGAUUCCUCUUUUGAGAAGAACCUGGCUCAAUUCUUCCCCCUUAUUGCAUCUCUGAUAAGUUGUGAACAUGGGUCGAGUGAAGUACAGGUGGCACUUAGUGAUAUGCUUAAUACAUGGGUAGGCCCGGUAUUGCUGCAGUCCUGUUAAACCUGUAAACCUGGGAGAAUCUAAUCAUAGUAUUUUGAGAUGUAUGAUUUAUUUUGAUUUAUACAAGUUAGUUUCCUUUCUUGCUCAACAUUUUUCAUUGUUUCAUCGUAUGUGAUGGAUUAGUUUCUUUCAUACUGUAUGAAUAGCUAUUAUCACAUGGCACUUCAAUUUGGUACUGAA